AUGCAUCUUCACUCUUUUCUCUCGACAUUGCUGUGUCUGUCAUCACUGUCGGGCCAUGUUGCGGCUGAGGCGACCGAGCGGUUGGGCCAGCCGGGGAACCAGCUGGUCCACCAGCCGACGGACCAGGCAGGUCACCAGCCGACGAACCAGCUAGCUCUCCAGCCGACGGACCAGCUAGCUCUCCAGCCGGCGGACCACCCGGGGGAGAAGCCAAAGUACCAGCCAAAGAACCACCCAAAUGACGACACCGGCGGCACCAUUUACCGAGCUUCUCGCACCCCUCCGCUCGGGUCCGGGUUCGGAGCAAUCACCAGGCGCGACAGGGACGAGGAGACGAUUAUGGGGAAAAACCUCCAGGAGGUGGUCCGAAGGGGCACGCUGGAGUUUGCCCGCAGCCGCAAGAACCGGAAGAGAAGGUGGUACGUCUACCACAUCAACGCGACGGACCCGAUGAUCCAGUGGGGCCUGGAAAGGCUGAACAACCCAAACCAUGCCUCCUGGACAGAUCUCGCCAAGCUGGCCCCGAUGGGCUGGAAGGCCGUCAAGGGUUGGGACACGUACUGGGGCGAGGGGUACAGCACGCGCUACGAAGGAUGGACGCCGAACCGGGAUAAAUACAACCCCAACGACUGGGUGGAUCGUCAGGUGGACGUGGUCAGCAGGAAGAUCUACCGGCCCGCCGUGCAGACGCCGGCGUUCUACUCGCAGAGGGGCGCCAUCACGGCGGACCACGCAAGGUUCGAGCCCGUCAUGUUUGGAGGCGACGCCGACAAGCGGCAGCUCAUCAACAUAAUGGGAAACAAGUACCCUAAUACCAGAUGGUAUCUCUAUCGUCUCGAGUGGACCCCGGAGUACAAGUCCAAGCUUGCAGAGGUGCCGAGGAUGGUGCGCGACCUGUCCGAGCAGCAGCUCGAGGCUGAAUUCCCCAUGCCUUUUAGCGCCGUCACUCACUGGGAGGAGUUUAUCGGCACCCAGCGCCAGCGUUCCUUUGGCAACAGUGAGAAUAACCUAAAGCGCUAUGGGUCUUGA